UCAGACAAUACAGCUUAUAAGGUAGAUACUAAAGAAUAGGCAAACCAAGCUCUCGCACUGGUAUAAAAGAUCCAUCCAGUUCUGCUUGAUAAUCUUCUACCUGGUUCAUUCUAUGAGAUUAAAGUUUCUGCUGUUAAUCAGAAGGGUGAGGGAUUACCUGCAACUAAAGUCGUUAGAACACAGAUUGCUGAGUCAGUUCCAGGUGCAAGUACUGGUGAAAGUGGAGGCUUAUCGACGGCUGCUAUCAUUGGUAUUGUCAUUGGUAUCUUUUUCUUGCUGUUUAUUAUUGUCGAUGUUACAUGCUAUAUCAAGAACAACUGUGGAAUCUUGAUGAGUAUCAGGGAAAAAGUUGGAGGUGGCAGGGAGGAAGGCUAUGCUGUAGCUAAAACAGAAGAUGUUGAAAAUUUGGCAAAGAAAGAUGAGCUGACAGAGGAAGUUAAGGCAGCUGAAGAGGGUGAGCUUGCACUUGCUGAGACUCAAGACGAGAAGAAAGAACCAUUAUUAUCAGAAGAGCAGAAAGUAGACACAGUAGAUGAAGGGAAACCGGAGGAGAAAAAGGAAUUUGAGCCAGAAGAAAAGGAAACUGCUAAUACAGAUCAAGCUAAAAUAGAAUCUCCAAAAACAGAACAGGCACCAACUGAGCCAGCAAAGCAAGAAGAUAUCCCAGCAGCUGAUGAUCAGCCUUCUUCUGAGAAAGCUGAUAAACCACAAGAGUGAACAUCUACGUCAGCUCCCAUUAUUCAUCAUUUUAUAAUAUAAACAAAGAUAAAAAUGUCUUAGAUUGUUGUGAUUUUGCUGGCCAUUCUGUAAAAUAAAACACUUUAUUCUUUGUCUCAAACUAAAGAUUGUGAUAAAUGGUAGAUUACGAUAGAAGAGUUUGUUUUCUGAAGGACUGUUCACAACGUUUUAAGUCGACAAAGUGUUUUCAAAGGAAAUGUUCAUGACUGUUAACUCUUGUAUAGUGUUAGAUCAAGCCUUUUGUAAGUGUUGUAGAAAAAAGUUUUUAACCAUAUUAUUUCCCUUUAAAUUGUUAGAUGGUUUUGGUAUUAGACUGAAUUCGAAUCUCUUUGACACUUUAUUCUAACUUGUUGUAUGUGAUGGGCUAAGUGUGAAGUCGCAGUGGCAUAUAUUGUUUCUAUGCUGUGUUUAAAGAUACCCAUCAAGUGAAAAUAGGGCAUGUCUAGCGUUAUUUUCUCCGGAGGGUAAUUCUCCCGUGGAGAGAUUUGCCACAUUGAUCUAGGUCAAUUUUAAUCUAAAGUUUCUUAACAUUUUAGUGUCCUCGAUAUGGCACUUUUGGAACGUUUAGAUGUAACGCGUUUUCAGAUUGGUUUGACUUUAUCUACGUCAGUUCUAUCUAACGUCAUUUAAAACAUUUGUUAGCAAUCAUUUAUGAAUUGUCUAUUCAAACUCGCUGGACUAAACUGUCUUCAGAUCAAUAUUGUCUCAAAUUCAUUUCCCCAGAUCAUUUAUGAAUUGUCUCAUAUAUUCUAUAUUGCAAAUAUGAUUAUUUUAAUAUUCGCAUUUUUCUGAGUGAUUUCUUUGAACUGCUUCCAUAAACAUAGAAACGUUUGUAUGUUUUAUCAGUAACUGUUUGUGUUUUCAAAACAUGCCACUCAUCACUUUAGUGUAAACAUUAUUAAAAUCAUCAGCUUUCCAGUUUGUGGCAAAUUUUGAAAUGUUGUAUACAUAGAAGUUGGAUAGAAAGUCAUUUUGACACCAAGACUAAUGUGCAACAGAUGGAAAUUGUACACGUGAAUGAAUACAUAUUUCUGAUCAACUCUAGAAAUAUAGUUAAAGUUACAAGGUUACUCUCAUCUCUAUAAUUUUGUAUUACCUUUGUCUUAUAAAAUUUUGAAGAAGAAGAAAGAUGUCUUUCACGGUACAGUUUAUGUUGCAUAUUCAGCCAAUUGGUUUGAAUGAUUUCAUAGGAGGAGGUAUCGAAGUUAGCUGGAAGAAAUUUGUGGUUAUACAGAUGUGCCAGUUGAUGUCUGUAAUAAUGUUAGGACAGACGGAUAUGGCAUUUCUUGACAAUUCUAAAUUAUUUGCUGAUGGAUCUUAACAUUGUUUGUUUGACAUUAUAUCCAACAUGAAAGUAGGAACAGUGCAUAUAAAAUAUGAGAAAAACAGAAUUCUUUAAAGAAAGGCCAACACGACAAAAUUGAAGAUCAAUAAAUUAAUUAUUAAUUAAUAAAAGUUUUAGGGAAAUUCUGAUUAUUAUCAAUAUUGAUAUAUGUUGACCUUUAUAUAUAAAUCUAUAGAUAUUUUAACUGAGCUCGCAUGGUACAUGUACUAAGAAUAGCCCUAGCAAUUCGGAGAGAAUAUAUGUAAUGUAAAUGAUGUUGACGACAUAUUUUUUCUUUAAAAUGCAAUACUAUCGUUACAUGUAUGAGAAUUAUUGUUUGCAAACAAGGAACAUUUUGUAUGGUGUUGUUGCCUGUUUUUAUAAUGUUUAAUUAUUUUUUUGCUACUGUUGUAAAGUUGUAUUUAAAAUACAAUUAAAGGGACCAAGUCCGGAAAUCUUUAGUCAUGUAGCCCUGUAAUGAUGUUGUUGUAGCUAUAGAUUGUGUAAGUCUUCUAAUUCUUACAAAUAAAUCACAUAAUUUCUUUAAUUAUGAUUUCAAAGUGUAUACGGUCAUAAUGGUAUAUCUUUAUAACUUGCCAUUGUUUAUAUUUUUAAAACCUUUUGGCUUACGUUAACAACACACACAUACAUUCUAGUUUCUGUUUUGUAUAUGAAAUUUGGGUUGUCAACAUAGAUAAAAAAUGUUGUUCUUUUGUAUUUGUGUGUACAUGUAAUUGAAACAACCAUAGAAUAUUGGUAGUAUAUAUCUCAAUGGGAUGUGAGACAGUUUCAUAUAAUUUACAGACAAGUGUCAACUUACUGUCAAGUGAAAAUAUGAUUUUUGUCACGUUCAUUUGAGAUUUAUCUUUCCAAAAACAACACAACACUAAGUUAUUUUUAUUGAAUGUCGAUUGAAGCGAUUUGAGAUGCCAAUUCUCAAAGUUCAUGUCAAAUUUUAGAUGAAAUUUUUUUUUUACCUGUAUUUACAAUGGCCUUUUUUCAGUAAAUAAUCAAUUUCAAAAUUUCAGUUUUCCAGCAUUUGGUAGAAGUAGUAGUUUAAAAUAUUUAAAGCUAAUUAUUCUUGUCUGAAAAGUAUGAUAUGAACAGCUUUAUGUCCGGUUGAUGUUAUUUAAACCCUUUGAUGUUUUGCACAUUGCUUUAUCAUAGGAAAGGUAAUAAUCUUAUUGUUUAUAAGUUAAAAGAUCAGACUGUUCUAAUUUAUCUCUGGUCUAAGACACUUACAUUUAUAUCUAGAUGUUCACGUUUGAGACUGUUUUAAUGUAAGUUAUGUUCUUUGAAGUAUGCCUGUGUUGUAUGAGUUCAUGUUAAUGGAGAUUUGUGUUGUUCUUAAAGGGGUUGUUUGUAAACCGAUUGUACUCGUUUAUUUUGUAAUUUAUUUCCUUUGUCUUAUUUAUAUAUAUGUAUAUAUAAUAUGUACUCUGACUCAUGUAAUGGCUACCAGGAAUGUAUCUUUUAAAUGACGUAUUUUUCUUCAUGUUUAACAAUUAUAAAGAAAGAAUGAGAAUAAAGAAAAAAUGAUUCAUCGUAACCUAAAGUAGUUCAUAAUGUGCAUGUAAUAUGUUAGAUAAUAUCAAAAGAUCACAGACUGAAAGUAAUAGACAUUAUCAAAACUUUAAGUUUAAAACGUGUAAGCAUAUUUUAGUAGGUUUUAUUGUUACAUUUUUAAUCUAAAAUGGUAUUUGGAAUCUAUAUCAAACUGAGAACAAAGUGGACGUUAUUUUGUUGAUGUUUUCGUUGAAUAUUCAAGCAAUUACCUCAUGAUACUUAGUUGUUAGUUUGUUAAAUGUCUAACUGCCUUGCUUUUAUAUAAUAUUUUAGCUGGUAUCUUUGAAUAGAAAUGAAUAUAGGAACACAACUGCAUAUGCCUAUGCAUUUAGAAAUUGUAAAUGACAUAAUAAAGCAGGUUAUAAUUGUUUUAACGUUUUCCAAAAGUAUUAUAUAUAUUUUAUUCAAGUUUGAUAUUAUUUGCAUGAUUAUGAAAAACGAAUUAUUGGCAAUAAAUGCAAAGAAUGAUAAUGUUAAGCAUACUGUACUAUGUUAUAUUUUAUCUUGAUAACGCCACAUCUAGUCAUAUUCUACAAUGUUAUAAUACUUAAAACAUUUAAAAGAGUACGUUUACUAAAUACAUGCAUGUAUAUUUUAAUGUUACAAUUAUUACACAUUAUAUGAAAUCAAUUUCUUGGUUACAACAAUUUCAUCGGUUGUCAAUUAUCAAGAAUUUAAAUAUUUCAAGAACACUCAGUACUUAAAAACUCAAAUUUUAAAAUUCAUCUCUUAUUUCAAUUCUAAUAAACUGUACAUUUUGCAACUUCAUAUUUUUAGCACUUGAUCAAAUUUCUUUAUAAAAUCACCUACAGUAUCCAGAUAAUACAGUAAAACCAAUAUAUAUCAUUUGAAGCUAUUUUGAUAACAUUAACAUAUUGUAGCACCAAACUACAUAAAAAAUAACUUCAGAUCUCUUUAUUUGAAUGCUAAUUUUAAUUAGGAAAAUAUUGGGGCAAAUUUAUUUUUAGAAUUCAGCGAAAGUUCCUUGACUUGACUUUACUAACUCUGAACUUUUGCAGAACCGAAUAUCAUCAUGAUUUGUAUCUAAAUAAGAUGAUUGAUUAAAAAUAUAUUUAAAGCAGUUACUGCUAUUUAAUGAAAACAAUUGAAAGCAAGAGUCUUAAGGUUGCAAUAAGACUCAUGUGUACAUUAAUUUGAACACGUACAAAAUGUUACGAUCAUUCGUUAAUUGUUAUGGCUUUGACGAUUUUUAUGAUUAGAAAAUAUUUAUUAUACUGUUUAACUUAUUGAUAUUAUUUAAAGAUAAUAUUUUCUUGCCUACCUCCUAAAGAUAUUUAUGUUCUCAAUAGAGAUGUAUUAUAAGAAUAUUUUAAGUUUUAUUCCCCAUACAGUAUUUUUUCUUUUAAAACUUAAGCAAACAUUGUUGCUUCUAUCAUAUUUCCCGAGUCAAGAACAAAUUUUCAAAGUUAAUUUUCAUAGUCUUUAAACAGUAUUUACUCACAUUACAUUUUCAAAUUUGCUUUUGUUUUGUCUAAGAUAUUGGAAAUGCUAUGUAUUUUUGUAGUAAAAAGUAUUAGUAUUCUAAUUGAUAAGAUAUUGCUUUAAAUUAUUAAUAACAUCAAUAUUUUUGUAUCUAUUCUUUCAAUGCAAAUGUUUUCAAUGGAGAUAUAUAAAAUCAUUCUUUUUAUAAGCUUUAUAGUAGGCAAAUAAAAUUAUAAUGUGAGUUUAUUUGACAUGGGGCAUCUUGAAGAAAUUGUUGUUAUUUUUGCCUGGUUGCACCUUUUGUCAUUCUUGCUUUGAGGUGCUAUUGUAUUGGUUUUACUUCAACGUCUGAACUUUGUUUCUACGAGUACUUAACAUCAUCUAGGAAUUAAAAUUGAAAAAAAAUCAUUUAAUCAUUAUGAGUAUGGUACUCGUGUCAUUCUCGAUUGAAUGUCAGUAUCAUAAGUACACACGCUUCAUUCAGAUUUCAUUUUACUAUCAUAAGAAGUAAUCCACUUGAUAUCUUUCUAAACAUAAUUUGCACCUUCAGACAUUGUUGAUGUCUACACUAUUAUUUUGCUAUAUUAUUUUCGUUCAUACAUCUUUUAUCCUUUGACCUCUGCUUAAAAUAGAUCUCAAACAAUACUGUGUUGUGAUUGGUUAUUGUCAUAGCGACAAUAGCUAGCUAUGUUCUAAUGUUUAGGUUGCAACACUGAUAUAAGUGUACUAUGAACCGUUUGCUUUAUGUUUCAAAUCCUUU